UAUUAAAAUUCAAAAAUGGAUUUUACGACAUUAAUAAUGUGGAAGUAUUAAACAAUUCUACUAAGUUAAUAUUAUUGUUCUCAUUAUUGAUCAAAACUCAUUGUUAUUACUUAAAUAUUCCAUACGGUUACAAUGGAAAACUUAUCAAUUCCGACUUUGAGAGUUCUCUACAAACAUUAUGUGAACUGGGUUAGUUCUAAUCCCGAGCGUACCACAGAUAUAGAAGCCUCUAUAAAAUGGGUAUCUUAUUUUCUAGCAGGCCGAAUCAACAACUCAACUUUAUUGUCGGAACUUGUGUACUCGAUGUCAAACUUUAUGGUGAUGUUCAAUGAUCAAAUUAUACUUGACUCUGUAAAAAAAUCAGCAGUAGCUAACGGGGUAGAAAAAAAAGACUAUUUUCGAAGUGAAAAUAUCAAACGCUUUUUGACUAUGAUUGAUUAUAUAGAAGUCUUUAUUGAAGUAUCUGCUACUAAAUUGUGGGGCACAAGAGGACGAUGGAUUAUUAUUGUAUUGUUGCAAACUAUAAAGUCAUUAGCUCGUUUAUAUCUUUUGCACGUUCACAAGUUUUGUAUACUUGAAUCGCCUCCUAUACAGCCGUUAAACAGAAAAGCAGUUUGCUUGAAACAAACCGAUGUCUUGGAAAAUGGUGUAAUAACAUUGCCAUCGGGACGAACAAUUCGUAAAUUGAACAAUGCUCCGCCCAUGAAUCGUCGUACAUGGAAAGCUCCACCCAGAUCGGAUAGAUCUAGUAAUAUUAGUGGUCAAUUAAAUGACAGACUUCUUGUAGCUGAGACAAUGUAUGUAAUGAAACCACUUGUACACUUAGGAAGUAUGUAUGUAUUUGGAGGAAAAUCAUGGAAGCCUUGGAUAAUAUCCCUGACCAUUGAAUACAUUAGUUUGCAAAGGUUAAAGUCGUCAAAGAACCUAACACAUCAACAACGUUUGGUUUUAUCGAAACGAAUGCUCAGCUUAGCCAUGUAUUUAAUGAGAUCUCCAUUCUUUGAAAAUUAUUCCGAAAAACAUAUGCGGGCAUAUUUGCGCUGGUUCGUUUCAAGCGUACCUUUGAUCGGGCCUUUAAUGCGGCCUUUCCUUGAAUACUUAAAACAAUGGCAAGAUACAUAUUUUUACCUAUGGUCAUAUUAAAAUCCUUUAAAGUUGCGAUAAUCGGUGUUUGAGAAAUUACGUGUAAUUAAUGGGUACAGAUAUAUAUUAUUAUUAUUAUUUAAUUUUUAUAUGGUUCAAAUUGUAAUUUUUUUUAUUUUGUAAAAUAUGAAGGUUUAAAAACAA